AUGAUGGGGAAUACUAGGGUGAUUGCAGCCGGGAUCUGUGGGGCUCUCUUUGUGGGCUACUGCAUCUACUUUGACCGUAAGAGGCGUGGGGACCCUGAGUUCAAGAAGAGGCUUCAGCAGCGAAGGAGGCAGCAGAGGGCGGCGGCGGAAGGCAGCGUGCUCCCCGACUUCCCCAGCCAGAAGGACGCGGAGGCCAUGCAGGCCUUCUUUCUGGAGGAGAUCCAACGGGGGGAAGAGUCCCUGUCGCAGGGGGACUACGAGGUGGGCGUCUACCACCUGUCCAACGCCAUUGCCAUCUGCGGGCAACCGCAGCAACUGCUGCAGGUGCUGCAGCAGACCAUCCCCCCGCAUAUAUUCCGCAUGCUCCUCACCAGACUCUCCACCCUCCGCUGA